GGUCAGAUAUUUCCUCAUGGUUCAGUCCAGAGAGAGUCUCACCGUGAGGAGCUUCAUGAGAGCCAGAACACAGACGGACUGAAGAACAGACACUCAUGUCUCCAUCUGAAGCUGCAUCCACACUCUUCUGCUGGGAUUGGGCUCUUCUGGAAACUGGACUUUAGAGAAAUGAUGCUCAUCUUUGGACUGAUGCUGCUGCUGCUGCAAACUGCUGCAUGUCUGGAGUUUAACUGCAGGUUUAAUCAGGCAGAUCCUUGUUACGCAGCUCUGGGACACAAACUCAAUCUGAAGAUGGUGGACACUAGUAAAUAUGUCCUGAAGAUACACAAGAGAAUAAACAACAACCCAGAUGAUCCAGUUUGUAGAGUAGUGAAUGACAGGAUAAGGGAAUGUGAUCUUUUUAAUAACAGAACUGAAGUGAUAGUCAUUAAAGGGACUCUGAUAAUAAACCGUGUGAUCAGAGCAGAUUCAGGGAAUUACACUUUAAUACUCGAGGUCUCAGACGGCACAGUAACAUACACAGAUCUUCAAGUGAUUGUUGAAGCUCCUAUUGGCUCAGUGAAUGUGUCAAUCAGCUGUUCCUCCAGUGGGAUGAAGUCAGUGUCCUGCUCCUCUGACGGGGAUCAGCUCAUCUACAGCUGGACUCUGAAUGGAGAAUCACUGAUGGAUGGAAACCCCACCAUUGAGCUGAAUGAGGAAACUGAUGGAAACAUCAUCUGCAGUGUGAAGAACCACGUCAGUCACGGACAGAAGAACAUUAGUGUAAAACACUGUCCUGUGAGUUCAGAGUCUGUGGUGUUUGUGCUGGUCUGGAGUUUUCAGAUGAUGGUUCUGUUUGGUCUGUUAGGAGGUUUUCACAUCUACAUGAGACACACGUCAGGAAAGAAACAGGAAGAUCAAAAAGUGAGAAUGAGAAGAUUUAGAGAAGGACAUGAACACACAGCAGAAGAUUCAUGAGACCAGCAGCAGAUCUCAUCACAUCUAUGAGAAAUCCUCUCCUUCUGCUUUCCUGUUUCUACGAUGUUUUCAGGUGAACAAUUGUAAAAAUUUCAGAUGACAGCAACUGUGGAUCGACAUGCAAAUCUUUCAGAUAUUAUCCUAUAAUAUUUUAAUAUUAUCCUUUUAUUGUAAUCGUUAAGAGCGUACGUUUUCUGCCUAACAUGAACACUGUGUCUGCUUCACUGAAAACAUGAAGUUAACUAACGAACAUGUACUAUAUUAUAGCUGUAUAUUACUGUCAUAUGGAUAUUACUGUGAUACACUCAUCUCUGGCUGAUAACAGAAUAUUUCCUCAUUUAUAACAUUAAAACAAGCAUUUUCUGUAAAGCUGCUUUGAAACAGCAUGUAUUGUGAAAAGUGCUAUACAAAUAUAUUUGAAUUGUAAAAGCUUGAAUUCAAAAGUGUUCCUCUUGAUCUGUGUGUGUUUGUGGUGUCUGCUGUUUUGCUCUUCAUGCUUUUAAACUUCUGCUUG